AUGGACGAUGUGCAUUCAAACGGUGGUGGAUCUAAACAUAUAGCCGAGUACUUCGCCGUUUGUGGCCUUUCUGAGAGGCCAGCUCCUUUUAAUGUCUCGGAAAUUCUGCUUAAUAGUGAAGAGAUUGUGCUCUCGGAAUCAAAGUGUUUGGAUUUUUCUCGGUACACGACUCCUAUCAUUGAUAUCCAGUUGGUUAACAUGAGUCAGAAGGAGCAUCCUCCUGAUGGUUACCAACUGAUCGACAAAUCAAUCGGUGGUUCGACUGGUUGCUUCUUACAAAGCCGUUCUGGUGAUGAUUUGUGUAUUUGUUAUCGUCGUGGAUAUGACAUUCCACCAAUUGGUGAUAUUGGACUUGUGGACACCGAUCAGAGAUUAAAGCCAAACUCGUCAAAUAUCACUCAUACCAUUGAUCAUCGUCCGGCAGUCAUUAUGAAAAAGCGUUUUUUGCCUACCUCAAAUAUGUAUCUGUCGUACAGUCGGCUACAUAAAAACUACGGCGUUGAUGAGCUGGCACUUACAGAUAUCUGUGUAGUAUUGAAGAAGAAAGGAGAACGUUGUCCAUUGGGGUACAAGGAGCUACCCCAAAAGUUAAUUCAUUCAUUGAUGGCAGACGAUAUGUAUAUCUGCUACAAAAAGUCCUUCGUAAAGCGGUACAUCGCAACCUACCAACCGGAGGUGCUUAUGUGGUACCACGUUCCCUCUGCUUCCUCCUCUCCCUCCAUGGCAACAGAUGAAAUGGCGAAUCAGCCUAUAUUUAACACGGUGGACAUUGCUACUCUAUCCAACUUUUGCCUACCUUGGGGUGCAGCCAUCGAGUCCUGGUCGGUCGACCAAAAUCCUCCUGGAUCCGUUUUUUUCACCUUCGUCGUCACCAACGCCGCCUAUAAAAAGUUUCACGGAUCAGCACUGACCUUCUACGAGCCUUACGAUGUGUCGCAGCUGGACCGAGAUCGGUGCUACCGGCUGAAUGUGGACCCAGAGCUUGUGCGAAUGGAGGAGGCAGAGGAAGAAGCGGAAGGGGGAGGGCGGCAACAGGCGGCAAUGGUAGUAAGGGAGGCGGAGGCGGAGGCGGAGCUUUUUACGCAAGAAGAGCUGCUGAGCAUCGAGCAGCGUCAGGGCGUUUUCGCCUCUUCUCGCAUCGGUGACCGCGUGCUCGGCGUCACCAAGACUCUUUGCCUCGUCUCACGAUUCAAUUUCGGCAACGGGCUUAAACCCUUCCUUGAUUUCCUUCACUUCCGCUGUUUCAGUUCUAAGGACCAGUCGAUUCCUCUCGAAAGAGCUCGGAACCAUGGUCUCCUUGCUCCGAGGCCCUACAAACUGUCGGCUGGACCUGGUGUGGUUCCAGCUUGUCUGCUUGACGAGUGCGACAUGGGUUUUAAGAUAGCAGGGAUUUCUUAUCGAGUGGUGUGUGUGUGUGUGUGUGUGACAUUUGAAGAAGGCGCAGUGGCGGAACUUGUUGGUGAGGCGUGUUUUGAACAACUUGGUUGUGGUGCUGAAGCCGAGGCAACAAUUGCUACUGUGAUCUAUCUCCUCGACUCGAUGCAGCAGUGUGGGCGGACGGUGUGCAAGACAAACUUCUUUCCUUUUCAGAAAUACCUAGCAUUUAUUCUCUGCGAAAUUCCCUUUCCUGAUCGCCGGUCUCCCAACAUCACUGUCGAUCUUGAUGACUACCAUAUGCGGCUACAAAUUCCUUAUGGGAACCACCUUUCCAGUUCGGGUGAGCCCUUUGCCCACCUACUGCAUCGCCUCGGCUCAGAGUUGACACUGCAGCUAAUGGUGCAGCUUCUCACCGAGCAGAAACUCCUCUUCGUCUCCGUCAUGCCUGACCUCCUCGUGGACACCAUUCAGCAGCUCAUCACACUAAUCCAUCCACUGCGCUGGGUGCUGGUGUACAUUCCACUCAUCCACAUGCGGUGCAUCCACGUAAUUCAGUCACCUUCGCCUUAUCUCAUUGGGGUGGACUCGCGCUUUUUCGAGUUCUUCCAGCUGCCCUCGGCGGAGGCGGAUAUCAGCGUGGUGGACCUAGACACGCGCCAAUUUCGUCCCGCUACUACCACUGUCGCGGGCGUCCGCAUUGUGCUGCCCCGCGGGCCACAGAAGCGCCUGCGCACUGCCCUAAUCCGCAACGAGGAGCGCUUGGCCGAGCUUGACUUGCGCAUGCACCAAGAGGCUAAAAUUGGUGUCCGAGUCCAAGAGAAAUACAAAAGCCACCUGUCCCUUCUGGGCGCAAAUGUACGUCGAGCGUGCUACACUUUCAUGACGGAGUUGUUGCAGGACUACCGCAAAUUUCUUUUACCUGUCAUCUUCAAAGACAGGGAACUCCUCUUCGACUCUGAGGGGUUUGUGAAGCACACGGCGGAUCGCGCAUCAAAUGCCUUUUACGCGACGCUGGUGGGGACACAGUUGUGGGCGGAUUUUGUACGGGAUCUCAACUGCAUCAGCGAGCGCACUGCUGAGCUGGAAGCCUUCGAUAACGCCAUCGCCCAUCUUAGCCUCACUCGCUACCAAUCAAAGACGAAAGGCGGCAGUAGCCGUGGAAUCGGUGGCAGCGGUGAUAUCGAAGGAGGUGGAGGCGGUGAGACGUGUUCUCAGGUCUCCAGCGGCUCGGGUGGCGACGCUGGCAGCGCUGCCUCCGCACCUCUUAACGGUUUCUCCGCUUCUCCCAGGGACAGCCUCAGUGGUACCGAUGGCAGCAGUCUCAGUGGCCGCCCUUUGCCUCCUAGUGAGUGUCCUAGAAUAAUCGGGUCACCAUCAGGCUUGCUUGAACUGGAUCCACUGUGCUCAGAUCUGCCGUUAAAUGACUUUACCUGGACUCGGCGGGAUCAUUUCCCCGAGACUGUCAAUACGUCCUUGUUGGACGAACUUUGCACUCGUCUUCGGCAUAAUGGUGCUACUGCUGCUGCUACUAUCCCGUCGAGGACGAUGGUGACAAAAAUGGAGACAGGGGAGGAAGAGUUGAUAUUCCGCCUCGUUGACGAUACUGACGUGAUGUUAGGCGAUGGCGAGGACUUUUGUCCCUCAUUGCACCACACCCCUCCUCCCCUCCCUUUCGUUCACGGUAAUGGGGUCCCAAAGGCUUUGGGUGUGGCGCAGCUGAAUUCCCUACUCAAGCGUACCCUGCAGGAGACUACGGACUGCCUCAUUGCCGCGACAAAACGGCGCAAUGCGGGCGGCGUGGCGUGGGCGGGGCAGUUGCUGUCGGAGGUCUACUCGCUUUGGUUCCUUCUCCUGCCCGCCUUCAUCGCCUCUCUACAACAACACUGUGGUAGGGGCAACAAUGGCGACGGUAUCUGUCUGGAGGCUCGGCACUUCCUCUUUCACGUCGUAGACGUCUUCUUGCGUCUUUGGGACUCACCACUCCAACCCGUUGAUCAGGUCUAUGUGCGCGUGCUAAUUGCGUUGCUUUAUGAAUACGGCACCUCAGAUCAGGGCGUGGUCAGCUUCUGGAGCAGCCGACCCUUGAAUGCACCCUCCUACGCUAUGGCUAAUCAGCUGCAACGCGAUCUUGGCCACAAGUUGACUUCAUCUGAAAGUGCAGAAGAUGGUGCUGAGUCAGGCAUAGGUAUAUCAACAACUUUAUCCAGAGAAGUGGCUGAUCCACCGUGCUUAGUUCCACAGGCUCUAUCGACGCCUAUUCAGAAUUGUGAUGCCUCCUCUCCACGCCAUCCAUGCGAGAGCCAACCGUCUUUCAGCAUCGGAGACGAUGAAGGAGACGGCGGUGAUAAUGGCGAUGGUGACGGUCCUAGCAAAAGCAGUAGCAAUUUUAACCUUGGCAAUAGCCAACUAGUUGGAUCUAUGGACAGAAUUUCCAUCGGCGAUGGCAACCGAAAGACAUCCGGCUUACUCGAGCCCGUGGAACAGGCUCAUUUCUCUAAAAAAGGCUGGAAGUCGUUUGCACAGGCGUCAAUGCGGAAACUGGCCUCCUUUAGGGUAGAAUACGUGAAUCCGGAUGUAAUCACCUUGGAGCAGUCACCGUCGACGUCACCAUCGCCACAGCCGUCGCAACACUUGCGCAGUCGCAGCGUGAGCACCACUGCCAACAAGUCCAUUGGCUAUUUUAGCCUCUUUGGUCAACCAGGUAACGGAACGAGGCUGCCUCGCAACAUGCGGCCUUGGGCCGUCGCCCCCAUCUCCGCCUCCGUCUCCUCCAUCACCACCGCCGCUUCUGGUACUGUUUCUGUGCCCGUCAACUCCAGUGUCUCUGCUGAUGAGGCUUUGAGGCAGGGUGCAGAUGCAACGCAGAUGUCACUGCAAUCCUCGACGUCCUCGUCGUUAUGGUUCCAGCUGCUGCAGCGCCACCUAUCGGUCUCUGCGAUGUCUCCAACGCCCUCUCGACGCGCUGAAACUAGCGACACGCCGCGCGGUUCCAUCACCUCCAAUGAGGAGGGCGUCGUAAACACCACUGUAGCCGCAUCUCCCCUCGCGUUCUCCUUCGACUCCCAGCUUGCUGUGCUGUCCUACCAGCCAACCUCGUGGUACACCAUAGCAGGGCCGCUGGCGGUAGGAUCAGUGGGGGAUCGUGUGUGCCUGGCAAACCCACUAGUGAUGAAACUAUCACCAUCAUCACUCCAGUCCUCCGCUACCGCUCCCGCCUACGCUGCCAUGCGGCGGCAUCGUUCGCGCUCCUCCUCACUUGUAAGAGCACGUCGUGAUGUUGGUCUUAAGCAUUCGCCCUCAGCGUCCUUUCCCCUUCUCAGUCUCACAUCGGAGGAGUUGGUGCAGGCUCUUGCACGCUCAGAAUCACCGAGGUCCUCGAAACCACCGCCAGCGCUACGGAGACCUCCCUCUACGACGACGAGGCCAUCUACAGGGCCUGUGACAGUGUCGCGAGUGCAGGAGCUGCGAGUCAUUUUCAAUACCUGCACGCCAUGUGCAUCCUGCUCACGUCUCUUCUACGACGAGGAGAUAAUGGCGAUGUGGGUGGCAGCGGGUGACCCACCGUACACCGGUCUCUCCUGCAGCAGUUGCCGCCAUUCCCUCAUGCCCAGGCUCAUAGUGCGCACCAUUGCCAUCCUCGAGAUCACUCCUUCCACCAACGCUGCCACGACUCCUCUUUCGCACGGCCUCAUUGAACUGUCGGUUCCUUUCCUCAGCCCUCUGGUCCUGCGCCGUCAGCUGGAGGCGGUGGUCGAUAGCGGCGUUGGAGGUGGAAGUGGGAGCAGCAAAGGCUGCACAGAGAGCAUGGCGGUGCAGGCGCUGUCAUCGGCCGGUCUGCUGGGUCACCGACGCGGCAGGGUGUUGCUGUGGAACCUAGUAUACCUGCUUCAUCGCGCUGGCCUGCCCACCCAUCUGCUCGAUGCUUACCCAGCCUGGCUUAUGGAUGCCCAGGCCGAGGCGCGUCGGUUGGGCGGUGGACGGCGGGUCCUCCUCGGUGGCUCGCUCACCAUCGCCCGCGCUCUUUCGGAGGUGACUUUGAGUCCCGACUUGCCGGUGUGUCUGGUGGCGAGGUGGGUAGCUUUUCCGCGCAAGACUGCUGCUGGCAAGGAAGCGCCGAUGCUCUACCGUCUGUGGGAUAAUACUCACCCCGCCUGCUGCCUGAGUCCGUCGAGUAGUGUGGCGGAUUUGACAGCACCGCCAGGCAGAGGGGAGGAGCGGCAGGAGUGCGCGCUGGAGGAGAUCGUGCAAAUGGCAGGCGACGCACUGACUUAUGAGAAUGUCGGUGGGGCCAUUUCCGCUGUUCGCUCUCUCAAACGCACCGCCAUCCAAUCCGUCCACCGCGAGCUGCUCCUCCUCUAUGCACGCAUCCAUGGCACUUCUUGGCAACAACUCAACAAAUUCGACGCUGGAUACAUCGCUUACUUGUUAGAUGAGAUGCAACAAGCGGGUGUUCAACAGCAGGAGCAGCUGCAGCGGUGGCGCGCAAACGACGAAAUGCCUCCCUCAGCUACUGCGCUGGCUUGUCGAUGCAUCUUCAGAAACCUCACACUCACUUAG